AUGGCGCCAGUCUCGGUACUGAUGCAGGCCUCUGUCGCCGAGAGCCUGAUCUUGGCCCGCUAUGCUCCAGCCUACAGCAUCACGACCUCUCCCUUUCUCAGGGUCCUGGCUCUGUUCUGGAUACAGCUGCUGCUGUGGUACUCAUGGUCUGCUGUCAUCUAUCCGCAUUUCUUCAGCCCUCUGAGGCAUCUGCCUCAACCAAAGGGCGGCCACUGGUUGAUGGGACAUUUCAGCAAGAUUCGGAAAGAGAACACCGGGGAGCCCGCCCGGGAGUGGUCGCGAUCCGUCCCUAACGAAGGCCUUAUUUAUUAUCGCUUCGCUUUCAACGCCGAACGCGUGCUCGUAACACAUCCCAAGGGCCUUGCCGAGGUGCUCGUUCACAAGAACUACGAGUUCGUCAAGCCAUCAACCAUCCGUGACGGUAUUGGCAGGAUCCUCGGCAUUGGAAUUCUUCUCGCUGAGGGUGAUGAACACAGGCGGCAAAGGAAACUACUCAUGCCUGCCUUCCAUUUCCGCCAUGUAAAGGAACUGUACCCUCUUUUCUGGACCAAGUCCCAGGAAGCCGCACAAGCAAUAAGGGCCGUAGUCCAGCAGGCUACGCCUUCAGGAGAGAAGCCGUCUUCUGUAGUGGAAAUCGCCAACUGGGCUUCGAGAGCAACCUUGGAUAUCAUUGGCGUCGCAGGCAUGGGCAAAGAUUUCGGAGCCAUUGCCGAUCCAAACAGCGAGCUCAAUGCUACCUACAGGAUGAUCUUCUCGCCCAAUGCUGUCGCACGCUUCCUGCAACUCCUCGGCCUCAUCAUUCCCUUCUCUGUCCUUCGGAGACUCCCCAUCAAGCGGAAUCUGGAGGUUGACGAAGCGGCGCAGACGAUCAAGAGGAUAUCUCGAGAGAUUAUCCAAAGCAAGCGGCAGCAUCUGGAGAAGAACGAGCGCACCGAGGUUGACAUUGUCUCCGUGGCUCUCGAGUCCGGUGGUUUUAGCGACGAGGACCUCGUCAACCAGAUGAUGACCUUCCUCGCCGCUGGCCACGAAACUACGGCGACGUCAAUGACGUGGGCAGCCUACCUCCUCGCAAAGCAUCCGGACGUACAGAAGCGCCUCCGCGAGGAAAUCCGUGCGAACCUACCUUCUCCCGAAUCUGGAACUCAGAUCACGGCUGCGGAUAUUGAUCGCCUGCCGUAUCUGAACGCCGUGUGCAACGAAAUCCUUCGCUUCUACGCUCCUGUUCCAAUGACACUUCGCAUCGCCGACAAAGACACAACUAUCCUCGGCAAGGUAAUUCCCAAGGGAACGACCAUCGUGCUGGCUCCCUGGGCAAUCAACACGAGCAUAGAAUGCUGGGGUGGCGAUGCUCAUGAAUUCAACCCUGACCGCUGGAUUGGCACCGGCCGUGCCAACACAGGAGGUGCGGUUAGCAACUACAGUUUUAUGACCUUCCUUCAUGGACCGAGGAGCUGCAUAGGUCAGGCUUUCGCAAAGGCAGAAUUCGCAUGCUUGGUGGCAGUAUGGAUCGGCAAGUUUGAAAUGGAGCUGCCAGACCCUGAUGUGAAGCUUGAGAUUCAGAGCGGAAUAACUGCCAGGCCGAAGGGGGGACUCCCUGUCAAGCUCACGGUUGUUGAUGGUUGGUAG